CGUUAAAGUGAUUAAUGUUUGCCUUGAAUUACGAGUAAUACUUUCAUUGUUAACUCGUUUCAUCUUUCAUGUACCAUUAAUUCAUUUAUAUUUAUAAUUCAAAUAAAUUAAUAAAAGAUUGGACUAAAUUAUUUCAUUUACAUUUUAUAUUUUACUUUUUUUAGAUUUCACUUCACAAUUGUCCAUUUUCCUUGUUCAUCCCUCCCUAUAAAUAACAAAUUAACCCCUUAACCACCUCCCACUUUUCAUUUUUCAUUAAAAAAAAUUUAAAUAUUUCUCUCGUUGGCUCUCCUGAAAUCUAGAGAAAAAUGUCGACCCACCCUACACUCUUGGUUGCUCUCUCUCUCCUCGCCGUGAUCAUCUCCGUCGCAUCGGCAGCUGGGUUGCGCAGCGGCUCAGAAAUCGGCGGGUUCAAGCCGAUCGAAAACUUAGGUGAUCCUUACGUUCAAGACAUCGCAAAAUUCGCGGUUAAAGAACAUAAUGAGCAAGAGGAUUCUCAUCUCGGAAUUGUGAAAAUCGUAAAGGGUGAAGAACAGGUUGUCUCCGGUAAAAAUUACCGGCUUACGAUCGCUGCUAAUGAUUCUCAUAAUUACGAGACGGUUGUUUUUGAUAAGCCAUGGGCAAAGUUUAGGAGUCUUACUUAUUUUAGGUCCGUUAGCCUUGUUUAAUUUAGAUUAUAGUUUUCGAGUUUUAUUUAGUUUGUAUUAGAAAUGUUGUGACAAUAAUGUUAUGCAUGAAUAUUAUGAGUAAUAUUAUAAUAUGGGAAUGAAUUUCGUGUUA